AACUAACGAACAUUUGCAACGACCGUACAGAGGGCGCAGAAAUUUAUUCUUGGUGGCGUCAAUUUGGAAGAUGAACAAAUAUACGUUUCUAUGUGUCCUGUGCAUUUUGUGUAUAGUUCGUUCAGCUACAACUUCCAAAGCAGAGCAGAGUUCCCAAGACAUAACCAUCAACUUGCGCACCAAAAGGCAGAGUUGUCAAGAUGGCAAUUACCAAUAUGAAAACAAGACAUGCUGUCUCUGUGCUGCUGGCCAUCAUCUGGACAACCACUGUAGUAUGAACACAGACGAUGGGACCUGUAUUCUCUGUGAGCUAGGCAGAACCUACAACAGUUACCCGAACUUCCUGGACUCUUGUGAGCCCUGCACAUCUUGCAACCCUAAAGCCAAUCUGGAGGUGGAGGACAAAUGUACCAUCAUCAGGGACACAGUGUGUCGAUGCCGACAGGGCCACUACUGUGACAAGGGGAAGGUGCACUGCAGGGCCUGCUACCCAUGUACCAUAUGUGGGGAUGAAGGUACCAAGGUUGCCUGUACCACCACCAACAACACCAUAUGCCAUGACUACCAAAAACAAGGAGGAGGAAGAACUCAUGCAGCAGUACUUGGCUCAGUUAUGGUUAUUGCAGUUUUUCUUAUUUUUUGCUGUCUGAGGCGAACAAAUAAAUGUUGUUUUGGGAAAAAGCUGGGGCAAAAUGAUGGUUUGACCGAAAUGCCCAACCAGAAUUUAGAGGUAGCUGAGGAAAUGCAGCCACUGAGGGGUAUUGACCUCUGGCCACAUCUCCCAGAUAUCGCUAAGACCUUGGGGUGGAAGGACAUGAAACAGGUGGCCGAGCGCAGUGGGAUGACUAUUGCCACCAUAGAAUCCCACCAGCUAAACUAUCCCAAUGACUCCGAGGAGCAGUGCUCCAGCCUACUUAGGGCCUGGGUGGAGAAGAAGGGGAUGACCACAGCCUCUGAGACACUGAUCCAUAGUCUACGCCGCAUGAAUAAAAAUGCCAAGGCAAAUAAUAUCAUGGCUAUCAUUAGCAACAAGGAAAACACAGUUUCGAACUCCGGGCUAGAACAAGUGUAGAUACCGUACGGUCAGUGGUACUGUCCAUGCCAGUACUAAGUACCUAUGUGCAAAUAGUUUGUUGAAUUACCUGUUUGUUGCAUUAUAAAAUAUAUAUUUAUAUACAGUUGAAGUCGAAAGUUUACAUACACCUUAGCCAAAUACAUUUAAACUACAUUUUUCACAAUUCCUGACAUUUAAUCACAGUAAACAUUCCCUGUUUUAGGUCAGUUAGGAUCACCACUUUAUUUUAAGAAUGUGAAAUGUCAGAAUAAUAUUAGAGAGAAUGAUUUAUAUAAGCCUUUAUUUAUUAAAUCACAUUCCCAGUGGGUCAGAAGUUUACAUACACUCAAUUAGUACUUGGUAGCAUUGCCUUUAAAAUGUUUAACUUGGGUCAAAUGUUUUGGGUAGCCUUCCACAAGCCUCCCACAAUAAUUUUGGUCCAUUCCUCCUGACAGAGCUGGUGUCACUGAGUCAGGUUUGUAGGCCUCCUUGCUCACACAUGCUUUUUCAGUUCUGCCCACAAAUGUUCUAUAGGAUUGAGGUCAGGGCUUUGUGAUGGCCACUCCAAUACCUUGACUUUGUUGUCCUUAAGCCAUUUUGCCACAACUUUGGAAGUAUGCUUGCGGUCAUUGUCCAUUUGGAAGACCCAUUUGCGACCAAGCUUUAACUUCCUGACUGAUGUCUUCAGAUGUUGCUUCAAUAUAUCCACAUAAUUUUCUUGCCUCAUGAUGCCAUCUAUUUUGUGAAGUGCACCAGUCCCUCCUGCAGAAAAGCACCCCCACAACAUGAUGCUGCUACCCCCGUGCUUCACGGUUGGGAUGGUGUUCUUCGGCUUGCAAGUCUCUCCCUUUUUCCUCCAAACAUAACGAUGGUCAUUAUGGCCAAACAGUUCUAUUUUUGAUUCAUCAGACCAGAGGACAUUUCUCCAAAAGUACGAUCUUUGUCCCCAUGUGCAGUUGCAAACCGUAGUCUGGCUUUUUUAUUGCGGUUUUGGAGCAGUGGCCUUUUCCUUGCUGAGAGGCCUUUCAGGUUAUGUCGAUAUAGGACUAGGUUUUACUGUGGAUAUAGAUACUUUUGUACCUGUUUCCUCCAGCAUCUUCACAAGGUCCUUUGCUGUUCUGGGAAUGAUUUGCACUUUUCGCACCAAAGUACGUUCAUCUCUAGGAGGCAGAAGGUGUCUCCUUCCUGAGCGGUAUGACGGCUGCCUGGUCCCAGUGUUUAUACAUGCGUACUAUUAUUUGUACAGAUGAAUGUGGUACCUUCAGGCGUUUGGAAAUUGCUCCAAUUGUACAUCUCCAAUUGACUCAAAUGAUGUCAAUUAGCCUAUCAGAAUCUUCUAAAACCAUGACAUAAUUUUCUGGAAUUUUCCAAGCUGUUUAAUGGCACAGUCAACUUAGUGUAUGUAAACCUCUGACCCACUGGAAUUGUGUGACAGUGCAUUAUAAGUUAAAUAAUAUGUCUGUAAACAAUUGUUGGAACAAUUAUUUGUGUCAUGCACAAAGUAUAUGUCCUAACCGACUUGCCAAACUAUAGUUUGUUAACAAGAAGUUGGGGAGUGGUUGAAAAACAAGUUUUAAUGACUCCAAUCUAAGUGUAUGUAAACUUCCGACUUCAAAAAGCAUAGCUCGCGAUUAGAUUACAAAACUAUUUGUAUCCACAUUUGUUUUGAGACUAGAUAUGGUUCGUAUUAUUGUAGAACAAUUAUAUUAAUGGUUUGUAGGUUGACUGAUAUAUACAACAUUGUACACAUUAUUUUUAUAUCAAAUUUUUAAGUACGCUCUCAUUGGUUUGACCUGUACUUCCAUUUUGUAUACCAUUUGGUAUUAUUAGUUUCCAAAUCAAAUUGGAAGAUACAUCUGAUGAAUUUGAGACUAUUUAUUUAUCACCAAGCCAUGAGUGCUAAUGUAUGUAAGAUUGUAAAAUCCCAGCACAAAAUACAGAAAAUAUGAAAAAGAA